AUCAAAGCAAAACUGGCUACAAAGUAACAAUCUCGGCGCGUCAUCAAAGCCGCGGCGGGAAACAUCAGAGCGCGGAGUGUCGCAGCCUGCGGGAGGUCACUGAAGUGCAACUAAAGAAAGCGAAAUAACGGGGAAAAGCGGAAAUAACAGGCGCGUGGUCAUCACAAUCCAGUUUCUGCGGGGCUCGUGCUGUUGCAUUCGGUUGCUGACAUGUACAUAUAAGUCCUGUUCACUAGAUAGGGAGCCAAAAGACACGGAUUAUCGCUCGUACAGUUGCGCCAUAACAGGGCAGAGAGUUUGACAGCCUGAGUGUUUACAACGAUAUGGGAAGACCCUCAUCUGUCCAGUAAGAAUGUAUCCGUUGCACAGAGAGAGGGAGCAGCCCUUCUUCAGCACAAGAGCUCAUGUGUUUCAAAUCGAUCCCGCCACCAAACGCAACUGGAUCCCUGCCAGCAAGCAUGCGGUCACGGUGUCUUUCUUCUAUGAUGCAAACAGACACGCCUACCGCAUCAUCAGUGUGGGAGGGACCAAGGCCAUCAUUAACAGCACUAUCACACCCAACAUGACAUUCACGAAGACGUCUCAGAAGUUCGGUCAGUGGGCAGACAGCAGAGCAAACACUGUUUAUGGACUCGGAUUCGCCACAGAGCAGCAACUGCACCAGUUUGCUGAGCAUUUUAAGGAGGUAAAGGAAGCUACACGUCUGGCCAGAGAGAAGUCGCAGGAUAAGAUGGAGUUGAGCAAUGCAGCUCUCAGUAUCGCAGCUCCGCAGGAUCUGUCUGAUGAGCUGCAGUCUCCUCCUAUGAUGUGUGUGAACGGGCCAGAAGACAAACUCUUCAGGAGUCAAAGCGCUGAUAUCACUCUGUCCUCAGACAAAGAGCGCAUUAAAAAGAUGCUCUCAGAGGGGUCCAUCUGUGAGAUAAAUCUUGAAGCAGAGCUCUUCACAUUACAGGACAGUAAUGCUAAACUUGUGGCCGCGCUGCAUGAAGCUAACGCUAACGUUGAGCAGUGGAAGAAACAGCUAGUGGCGUAUCAAGAGGAGACGGAUAGAUUACGAGACCAGGUGGCAGAACUGGAGGCUCACGGGGGCCCGGGGCCCAGUGACAUGCUGAAAGAUGAACUCACUCAAUCCCUGGAGGAACUGGAGAACUUACUGAAGGCAAAGGACGAGGAAAUCCGUAUUCUUCAGAGUAAGAAAUCAGACUUCCAUGAGUUGGAACAGGAGAGAGAAGAGGCCAUACACAGACUACAGGAGUUAGAGAUGCGUAAUGUUGAACUGGAGCGGCGAGUGCAGAACACGGAGCAAAACCUCACCUCCGCACUGGAAGACCGCGAUCGUGCUGAGAACGAGGUGCAAAGGGUCAUUCAGAUCCUCGAUGUCAAGAUCUUUGACCUCAACGACCUCCGACAGAGUCUGGUCAAACUGAUCAGUAAAUAAUCUGAUUGGAGCAGAUCAGUCCUGGAGACGCGAGACUGUUAACGCUAAUUCUGACGGCCGCUGCAAGAGGCACCUCAUCCACUAGAGGGCGUAGCUCAGCUUUUCAAUUAGUGUCCGUAUGUGAGGGGUUGUGAUGUGGCGGUUUACAGACACAAUUUUCCCAGCUUUGUUUUCUCUAGUUUCGUUUCAAAUUUGCACUGAACUAUAGCUUUCGUUAAAAGCCUAGCAAUACAUUUCAGUGGCAAGUUUAUGUUGGUACAAUGUCAACGUUGACGUAAUGGUACAUUCUCACUAUUGUAUUGUACGAAUUGUGAGAAGCUUUAUUUUUGAUAUACUAUUUGUCAAAAGCAAGGCCACUUUACAGUACCACAUACAGUAAUAAAUCAGAUUUCAAUGACUGAAUUAUAGGUUAUUUAAUUGCCUGUGCCGUAUUCCACAAUUGGACACUAUAAUUUAAUUCAGAAUUGAACUUCGUUUAACGCUAAUGUUACAUACGAUUUAAUUUUUUUAAAACCAUAUCUACAAGUCUUUAGCAAAGCCUGGUGACUUAAAAAAAAAAAAGCUUUUGGGAGAUAUGAGCAAAAUAUGACUUUGUCCGCACUAAUAUGUUUUCGCACGAAAGUUCGAAAUGCUCCAUUUUUGUUGGAGGAAAAUGUCAUUUCUAGUGUGGAUGAGAGGCGUAAAUGUAUCAAAACUGAUUUGUUUUCAAACUUACAAGUAUCAGUGUGGAUGUGGUUUAGGAAUUUUUUAACAAAUUCAUAUUAGUUAUAUAUAUAUAUAUAUAUUAGUCAUAUUGUAUCGGCUGCUAAUAUUUAUUCGCCAAUUACUGACCAAAUUAAAACCAUCUGCAAAUCGGUUUUAAGCAUGAAAACGCUGAUAUGACAAAACUAUGGUUCGUUUUAUUUUAUUUUUUCCUUUUUCCUCCCAAUUUGGAAUUCCCAAUUCCCAAUGCGCUCUAAGUCCUCGUGGUGGCGUAGUGACUCCGUAGUGAUUGACGUCUCAGACGCGUAGUUGCCUCAGCAUCUGAGACGUCAAUUUAAGCAUCUUAUCACGUGGCUUGUUGAGCGGGUUACCGCGGAGACGUAGCGCAUGUGGAGGCUUCACACUAUUCUCUGCGGCUUCCAAGUACAACUCACCACACGCCCCACCAAGAGCCAGAACUACAUUAUGGUGACCACGAGGAGGUUACCCCAUGUGACUCUACCCUCCCUAGCAACCGGGCCAAUUUGGUUGCUUAGGAGACCUGGCUGGAGUCACUCAGCACACCCUGGAUUCAAACUCGCGACUCCAGGGGGGAUAGUCAGCGUCUUAACUCACUGAGAUACCCAGACCCCCCUCGAUGGUUCAUUUUGAAUGAAUUCACAUUUUCAAUCAACACACUUUGUAAAAACUCUCUGAAUUUAAAUGCACAAUCCAGAAAUAAUGAUUGCCACAAAAUCUAGAGGGGUUGGAAUUCCUAAGAACAUGUAAUCAUUUAUAAUCAGCUGCGUUUAAAAAAUAGGCCGAAAUCAGGGCUUCAGUCAGCAUUGUGUAGGCAAGCGGCGCCCUCUAGUGGUAUGGAUGGUAUUAUCCAUUACACCACAAUAGAACUGAAAAUGCAGUUUUGUUCCUUUGAUAUCUUUUUAUUUUUCCAUGAAGUGCAGUGGAUAUAAAAGUCUACACACCCUUGUUAAAACAGCAGGUUUUUAUGAUGUAAAAAAUUAAACAAAGAUAAAUCAUAUCAGACUUUUUGCACAUUUAAUGUAAAAAUUACAACCAAUGCAAUUGGGUAUUUGGGUAUGUGGCUGUGUUCAGAAUCAACCAAUCAUCAAGUCUUCACCUGAAGUGACUCCAAUAAAUCUCAGCUAUUCUUUUAGGAUGUUUCUGACAUCUUAUUGGUUGCAUGCUACAACAAGAGCCAUGGGCCACAAAGAGCUUACAAAGCAUCAACAGGGUCUCAUUGUUGAAAGGUAUCGCUCAGGUGGGGGCUACAAAACAAUUUCCAAGGCAUUAAAUAUACCAAGACAGUCAUGAACAAGUGGAGAAAGUGUGACACAACAGUGACAUUAUCAAGAACAGGACAUCCCUCCAAAAUUGAUGAGAAGACUAAGAGAAAACUGGUCAGGGAGGCUGUCAAGAGGCCGACAGCAACAUUAAAGGAGCUGCAGCGCUUUCGGGCAAGUACUGGUCGCUCCCUACAUGCAGGGCUGGACUGGGAAGAGAAAUCGGCCUGGGAAUUUACAUGGCAACUGGCCCAAAACUUGUUGAGCGCUGUCCAUUCGCUGCAUAUCACGGUGCAGUUUUGUGGUCCAUUCUGCAUAACGCGGGGGCCCAUUUUAGCUUAUCGCGGCUCAUUCGGCAUGUUUCGUGGCAUGCUUUGGGACUGCUUAUCUUCAGAUAGAACUGGGGCUUUAGUGAAGGUGGAGGGACUCAUGUAGCUCCAAGUACCAGUCAAUUUUGGCACAGAACCUUCUGGUGUCUGAACGAGAUCUUUCAGCUUUCGGCAUGACAAUGAUCCAAAUCAACAAAAGAAUGGCUUCAGCUAAAAAAAGAUGAACGUUUUGGAUUGGCCCAGCCAGAGCCCAGACAUGAAUCCUAUAGAAAAUCUGCGGGGGGGGACCUGAAAAGUGCCGUACACGGGAGAUGCCCUCGCAAUUUGACAGAUCUGGAACAUUUUUGCAAAGAAGAGUGGGAAACAGAGCUGGACUGGGAAGAGAAAUUGGCCCGGGAUUUUACAACUUGUUCGCUGUCUUUUUCUGCAUAUCACAGCGCUGUUUUGUGGUCCGUUCCGCAUAACGCGGCGGCUCAUUUUAGCCUAUCGCGGCCCAUUCGGGACCCACUCAGUUCUCCCGAUGGCCAGUCCACCCCUGACCGGCCCCAAAGUGCGUCGGCCCACCGGGAAAAUGCCCUGUAUGCCAGCUUACCAGUCCAGCCCUGGUGGGAAAAUAUUCCCAAAUCAAGAUGUGCCAAGCUAAUAGACUCUUAUCCAAACAGACUGUAAUACAAGUAAAGGGUGCUUCAACUCAGUAUUGGUUCAAGGAUGUGCACACUUAUGCAUUUAGGUUAUUAUAAGUUUUCUAUUUAAUUUUUUUUCUCUGAAAUGUGUCACUUUGGUUUUCAGUGGCAUUGCAUAGGUUGCCAUUUUUACAUUAAAUUCUGAUAUGAUUUAUCUUCGUUUAAUUAUUUCUCACUAUGUUUACGCCUCGAAUCCACACAAGAACAGUGUUUUCCCCGACCGAAAAUAAGUAUUUCAAAUGCAUACUUUUUCAAACUGAAAGGGAUUAGUAUGGCCGUAAAGGAGUCGUUGACCCAAAACUAUCUCUUUAAGAUGUUGUUCACUGGUUUGGAGUUUUCUUUUUCUAAAUGCAUUCAGUAUGUUCAUUAAUCUGUUGUGUGAAGUGGAUGUGCUGUGCAGUAUCACAGUAUCACAGCUGGGAGUGUGAAUACCAAAGACCAGCUUGAAUGUGGCAGCCGAACACCUCUAUAUAUGUUCAUGAUAUGGAAUGUUUAGAAUAGAGGACAGCGUUCAUAUAAAGCAUUAUAUAGUAUUUGCAUUGGAUGAAAUAUCCAGUAGGUAGAAAUAAACAAUUACUCUGUUAUUAUAGGAUGUUAAGAUAUUCCAUGAGGGAAUUUAUACUUGAUAGGAAAAGCUGUAGAUCUCCAUUGAGGAAUGGACUUUACUGAAUCUAGUCUGUUAUGCUAGUGAUGCCGUUGCUUUUGUUUUUUGGCUUCAAACAUGAGCACGUUUACAUGCACAACAAUAUGCCGAUAACUUCCAAAAAGACAGAAAACCGUGUUUACACGAGAGUUGAAAUGAUCGGGUCAGAACAUAGACAGUCAUUAGAUAAUCCAGUUAGAGCACCGAUAAAGGCAUUUACAUGCAACGCAAAACCAAGUUAAUGGGAAAAAUUCUACGUGUGCCGAUCAGUUUAUGCUUUAAAUGUUACAUGCAACCAUUUAGGUGUUUACAUGACAUGUCGCCGGCUUAUUAAGCACAAUCGGUGUAAAAUCCACAUGUAAACACACUCACUGUUAAUCUAAUGAUGCUAUAAGCUGUAUGGGUUUAUCUACUUGUGUAUUGGAUGUUGAUGUUGCAUUAUAUAGUAUAUUUGUUAUGGCACAAUAAGGCUACUAAUGUAUCGCAAGCCCUUUUUAUAUUUAAAAGUGUGCAGGCUAUGAAUUAUAUCUAUAAUUCAAUGUUCAAUUGUUUAAAUGCUUGUUAUUUAUAUCAGUAAUUAAGAGUUUGAUAUAAAAAAUGUGGUGGUGGCAUAGUGGACUAAAGCACAUAACUGGUAAUCAGAAGGUUGCUGGUUUGAUCCCCACAGUCACCACCAUUGUGUCCUUGAGCAAGGCACUUAACACCAGGUUGUUCCGGGGGGAUUGUCUCUGUAAUAAGUGCUCUGUAAGUCGCUUUGGAUAAAAGCGUCUGCCAAAUGCAUAAAUGUAAAAAGUUGUCAUAUUUAUUUGUAUAGACACAUCCUCAUUUCAUUAAUUGGUUAAAAAAACUGAUAUUUGUAACUGUAUUUUUACUUGUAAAAUUUCACAAUGAUCUGUCAUCCAAUCUGUUCAAAACACAAAUACAGAUAUCUUUAUAUCUAUUUUGAAUUAAUUGAAUUCAUCUAAAUAAUUGUUUUUAUUUACUAGAAUUAUAAAUCAAUAGUUGCAUGGUUACUAGUGCAAAUGUGCAUUCCUGAAAUCAACAAUUGGUUUACAGCUAGCAAUAAUGCUUUUUAGACAUUUUAUUUACGUUAAAUAUAGUAUUUUAGAUAUCUGGAUGUAGAUGCGAGAUGUCUUUAAAUUGAAGAUUAAUUAAAGCUAUCUGAAAAGACUUUCGUACUAGUUACAACAGCAUUAUAGAAAUAUGAAAUGAACAUCGCCACGAUAGUUAAAACACAAUUAAACAUGUCAAAACAUUAGCAUUAGCAAAACAUUAGCAUUUUUGCUAGUUGUAAUUCAGGAAUGCACAUUUGCGCUAGUAAAAGUAAAAGUGUCAUUAUUGAGAUGGCAUUUUUUUUAGUGCAUUGCUGAUAUGUGAAAAUUAAAUUAUGACUAGUUAGAAAUGAAUUAGAAAUAUCUGUAGAUGUGUUUUGAGUGAAUAUUAUGGCUUUUACUAGUUGAAACUACAUUUUCGAUAUCAAAGAAUUAGCGUUUAACUAGCAUUAGCAUGUUUACUAGUAGUGAUUCCAUUGCUGAUCUCAAGAACUGAUAUUUUUAUAGAGUUCUUCUUUUUUUUUCAAUCAUUUAUGUCCUGCACAUGAUUAAAUGUUGAAAGGUCUUGCGGUAGCUGAAGUGGCUUUUUAUCCGCAGUAUUUUAAGUGCCAACUUAAAUUGCCUGUUUCUACCAGACUAUUGUUUUUGACAGGAUGAAGCACAAACAGCACAAGCCACAUUUGCAUUGAUUCACUUUUAUAUGUAUUCUUCAUACAGGACUGGAGUUACAUACUAAAAUGAGAGCAUGAGUGUUUGGAUUUGGGGAAAAUGGAGCUUUAAGAUUCAAAAAGUAGCAUCUUCUCAAAGAUUGUAUUGAAUCUUAUGUGCCAUUUUUGCUUUCAAGUUAACAUGUCUUACUCUAACGUGAGUCUUAUUUUUCCACAGGUCCCUGUUUUGUUUUAUGCAGGCAUGCAAUUUUAGAUAUUCUGUUCUUUGAACACUGCAUAUUCCAAUAAAGGCUAUAUAAUGGCAAUGCAUUUCCUUUCUACACUUUUGAGAGUCUGUUCAUGCAGUGCCGGUCAGCUAAAGCUAUUGAAAAUGUUCCCAUAGUCAUGGAAAACCUGGAAUAUCAGGCUUGGGAAAGGUCAUAGAAAUGUAUAUAAUGGCAGCUAGUUUAGUUGCUGGAAAUUGCUCUGACAAUGAAAAACGAUCUGUUUUUCCAUGAUGGCUAGAUCAUAGAUUAUUGGGGAAAU